UUCACAUCUGACAAGUUCAAAGGUUUUGAGUUAUUUUAGGAGUGGCUUCACUUGCACACCCUUAAUUUUCAUUUUCCCAGAGUGACACAACCGGUAACGUUAGGCUAUAGCAGUUUGCUGUGCACCGCAGAGGCGUUAAAAGUUGCUCAACGUGUUCACAGAAGGGAGUGUAACUUCAUGGCAGCCACACGGAUGCAGCUGUUAUCACCGAGAAAAGUCCGGCUUUUAAGCCGAGGUCGAAAUGAAUUGUUUGCCGGUGGUAGCGGAGCGCAGCGGCCCGGCGGUGGUCCCAGGGUGCGCUCACUGACCUCUCCCCCUCUGUCCUCCUCCUCUCCCGGCAGAGCUCUAUCGAGUCUGAGUUCGACGCGGCGUGGGCUUCCCAAAGAGAAAAUGUCUGAGAAUGGAUUGUCGUCCCGGGCCAAGGUGUUGACCAUCGACACCAUGAACCCCACGGUGAAGAAGGUGGAGUACGCCGUGCGGGGGCCCAUCGUUCAGCGGGCUGUGGAGCUGGAGAGGGAGCUCUCUGAGGGAAUGAAGAAGCCCUUUUCUGAGGUCAUUAAGGCAAACAUUGGUGACGCGCAUGCUAUGGGCCAGCAGCCAAUCACUUUCUUCCGGCAGGUCUUGGCGCUCUGCUCCUACCCUGAACUGCUGAAUGACAGCACAUUCCCUGAGGAUGCUAAAAGUAGAGCACGCCGCAUUCUGCAGUCCUGUGGAGGGAACAGUAUGGGCUCCUACAGCGCCAGUCAGGGGAUAGACUCUGUGCGUCAGGAUGUGGCCCGCUACAUUGAGCGAAGGGACGGCGGUGUGCCCUGUGACCCAGACGACAUUUAUCUCACCACAGGGGCCAGCGACGGCAUUGUGACCAUGCUGAAGCUGCUGAUGUGUGGCGAGGGUGCGACUCGCACAGGCGUCAUGAUCUCCAUACCUCAGUAUCCACUGUACUCUGCUGCGCUGGCCGAACUGGGCGCCGUGCAGAUCAACUAUUAUCUUAAUGAGGAAAAAUGCUGGAGUCUGGACAUUAGCGAGCUGCAGCGCUCCCUGGAUGAGGCCCGGCGCUACUGCAAUCCCAGAGCCCUGUGCAUCAUCAAUCCUGGAAACCCCACUGGUCAGGUUCAGAGCAGACAAUGUAUUGAGGAUGUAAUCCAAUUUGCAGCAAGGGAACGUCUCUUCCUCAUGGCUGAUGAGGUGUACCAGGAUAAUGUGUAUGCUGAUGGUUGCCAGUUCCACUCUUUUAAGAAGGUUCUGUUUGACAUGGGGCCAGAGUACUCAAAUACAGUAGAGCUGGUAUCUUUCCAUUCCACCUCAAAAUGCUACAUGGGAGAGUGUGGCUUCCGUGGAGGCUACAUGGAGAUCAUCAAUAUGGACGAUGAGGUGAAGGCCCAGCUGAUCAAGCUGGUGUCUGUCCGUCUGUGUCCUCCUGUUCCUGGACAGGCUCUCAUGGACCUGGUGGUCAACCCUCCGCAGCCUGGGGAACCAUCAUAUAGCACAUUUAUCAAGGAGCGCACAGCCACCUUAAGUGCCUUAGCAGAGAAGGCCAAGCUUACAGAGCAGGCUCUCAAUACUGUGCAAGGCAUCAGCUGCAAUCCUGUGCAGGGUGCUAUGUACUCCUUCCCUUGCAUAACCAUCCCUGAAAAGGCCAUCAAAGAGGCCAUGGACAACGGUCAGCAGCCAGAUAUGUUUUACUGCAUGAAGAUGCUGGAGGAGACGGGGAUCUGCCUCGUACCUGGAAGCGGCUUUGGCCAGAAGGAUGGAACCUACCACUUCAGAAUGACCAUCUUGCCACCAACAGACAAGCUGAAGAUCCUGCUGAACAAAGUAAAGGAGUUCCACCAGAAAUUCACACAGCAAUAUUCUUAAAUGUCCAAGCGUCUUCUUCCGUUCGCAAAGGGAGGAGCUCACCAACCACAACAAAAAGAACUUAGCCAAUCAAAAUUCAUCUGUCACUAAUAAGUGCCUUUCCAACGUUGGCUCUGGUGGUCUCUGUGAUGACGCACUUCAGCCUCUGCAGCUACAACAGACAAAAGGCACUGUUUUGUCAGAAAACAAAACUGGAGAUGAUGAAAUUAAAUCAAGAGACCUGUUGUUAAGUUUGGGGAAAAUAUGGUGUCAGCUUGUGUGUUGAGCUUUGAAAGAUGUACAGUACUAUAGUUCUGUGUAUUUGUAAUAAUAUGAGAGCUAGAUUGUCAAUGUGAAUACCAAGCUUUAAAAAAAGAAAUUUGAAAAAUAGGUACAAUUGCAAGAAAAGUGAUGCUGCUUAAAACCCUGAAUAAGUGUACGACUGGCUGCAAUAUUUCAUUCCACAGGGAGAAUAUGUAGAAAAGUCUUAUUUGAAUGAUAAUUCAAAGCUGAUUUUGUAGAAUCAAAAUAAAUGUAACCGUGUA